UGCGGGGGGCAGGCGGGCGUUGCCAUAGCGACAUGGCCUAGGCCAGGGGGCGGCCUGCGCUCGGCCCCGGCAGGCGGGGAGGGCCAGGCCGGGCCGGGCGGGGCGAGGCCGUGCCGGGUCGGGUCGGCGGCUGGAGGAGGUGUGGGCCCGAGCGGCCCGGCAGGGAUGAGCCAUGGCAUCGGUGAAGGUGGCAGUGCGAGUGCGGCCCAUGAACCGCAGGGAGAAAGAUCUAAAUGCAAAGUUUAUUAUUUCAAUGGAAAAAAAUAAAACGACAAUCACAAACUUAAAGAUACCAGAGGGUGGUACUGGAGACACAGGACGAGAAAGAACAAAGACGUUUACCUAUGAUUUUUCCUAUUUCUCAGCAGACAGUAAAAGUCCCAGCUUUGUUUGUCAAGAAACGGUUUUCAAACAUCUUGGCACAGAAGUGCUUAAAUCUGCUUUUGAAGGUUAUAAUGCCUGUGUUUUUGCAUAUGGACAGACUGGAUCUGGGAAGUCCUACACCAUGAUGGGAAACACGGGGGAUGCAGGUUUAAUACCUCGAAUUUGCGAAGGAUUGUUCAGCAAAAUAAGUGAAAAAACAAAGCGGAAUGAGGCAUCCUUUCGAACAGAAGUCAGUUACCUGGAAAUUUAUAAUGAACGUGUGAGAGAUCUUCUCAGACGGAAGUCGUCGAAAACUAAUAAUUUACGGAUACGGGAACAUCCAAAAGAAGGGCCCUAUGUUGAAGAUUUGUCUAAACAUUUAGUGCAAAACUAUGCUGAUGUAGAGGAACUUAUGGAUGCAGGAAAUAUAAACAGAACGACGGCCGCAACUGGAAUGAAUGACGUCAGCAGCAGGUCACACGCCAUUUUCACAAUCAACUUCACUCAGGCUAAAUUUGAUUCUGAAAUGCCUUGUGAAACUGUUAGCAAGAUUCAUCUGGUAGAUCUUGCUGGAAGUGAGAGAGCAGAUGCCACUGGUGCCACAGGGGUUAGAUUAAAGGAAGGAGGGAAUAUUAACAAAUCUCUAGUUACUCUGGGAAAUGUAAUUUCUGCCUUAGCUGAUUUAUCUCAGGAUGCAGCAAAUCCUCUUUCAAAGAAGAAACAAGUAUUUGUGCCUUACAGGGACUCUGUGUUGACUUGGCUGUUAAAAGAUAGCCUAGGAGGAAACUCCAAAACUAUAAUGAUUGCCACUAUUUCACCUGCUGAUGUCAAUUAUGGAGAAACUUUGAGUACACUUCGCUAUGCAAAUAGAGCCAAAAACAUCAUCAACAAGCCUACUAUUAAUGAGGAUCCUAACGUCAAACUGAUCCGUGAGCUGAGAGCGGAAAUAGCCCGAUUAAAAGCCCUGCUUGCUCAAGGGAAUCAGAUCGCACUCUUGGAUUCUCCAACAGCUUUAAGUAUGGAGGAAAAGCUUCAGCAGAAUGAAGCAAGGGUACAAGAACUGACCAAAGAGUGGACGAACAAGUGGAAUGAAACUCAAGAUAUUCUAAAAGAACAAACCUUGGCUCUGAGGAAAGAAGGGAUAGGUGUUGUCUUAGAUUCUGAACUGCCUCAUCUCAUUGGGAUUGAUGAUGAUCUGCUCAGUACUGGUAUCAUCUUGUACCACUUGAAGGAAGGCCAAACAUAUGUUGGCAGAGAAGAUGCUGUGACAGAACAAGAUAUUGUUCUUCAUGGCCUUGAUUUGGAAAGCGAGCAUUGCAUCUUUGAAAAUCUCAAUGGUACUGUGAAUCUAAUACCACUGAAUGGAGCACAGUGUUCUGUGAAUGGUAUUCAGAUUACAGAGGCCACACACCUAAACCAAGGUGCUGUUAUAUUACUUGGAAGAACCAAUAUGUUUCGCUUUAACCACCCCAAAGAGGCUGCUAAGCUACGGGAGAAAAGAAAGAGUGGGCUGCUGUCUUCCUUCAGCUUGUCUAUGACAGAUCUUUCAAAAUCUUGUGAGAACCUGUCAGCAGUUAUGCUUUAUAAUCCAGGUCUUUUCCCUGUAAAAGGACCAAUCUGUCUAAGGUUAGAAUUUGAGAGACAGCAACGAGAGGAGCUUGAAAAAUUAGAAAGUAAAAGGAAACAAAUAGAAGAGAUGGAAGAAAAACAAAGGUCUGACAAAGCAGAGCUUGUAAGAAUGCAGCAAGAAGUGGAGUCUCAGCGCAAAGAAACAGAAAUAGUACAGCUGCAAAUUCGGAAACAGGAAGAGAGUCUGAAACGGAGAAGCGUUCACAUUGAGAGCAGGUUAAAGGAUUUGCUGGCUGAAAAGGAAAAAUUUGAAGAAGAGAGAUUACGGGAACAACAGGAGAUAGAACUUCAAAAGAAGAAGCAGCAGGAAGAAAUUUUUUCGCGGGUCAAAGAAGAGUUGCAGCGACUACAAGAACUUAAUCAUAAUGAAAAAGCAGAGAAAAUGCAGAUUUUCCGUGAACUAGAAAAACUGAAAAAGGAGAAAGAUGAACAGUAUAUUAAGCUGGAAUCGGAAAAAAAGAGACUUGAAGAACAAGAAAGGGAGCAGGUGAUGCUGGUGGCUCAUCUAGAAGAACAGCUUAGAGAGAAGCAGGUCAUGAUAGAGCUCCUGAAGAGAGGGGAUGUACAAAGAGUUGAAGAAGAGAAAAGAGAUCUUGAAGAUAUUAGAGAGUCUCUUUUGAAAGUCAAGGAAGCCCGGUCUGAAGGUGAUGAAAACCGUGAAGAUGUGGAAAAAGCACAGCAAGAUUUCAUAGAGUUUAAAAUGAAACAACUGGAACAGUUGACUAUUUUGGAAAAAGAUUUAGUUCAACAAAUGGAUCACUUAGAAAAGGAAAUAGCAGAUGAAAAAAGUGCUCUGGAACACUUAAAAUUUGCACAUGAAGAACAUUUAAAUCUCAAGAGAGACGAUGAAAUCUCUGUAGACUCUGUAUUCAAAGCUGAAGAAGUUGACAGGAUAAAGUCAGCGGAGUACAGACUCCAGUCUAAAGUACGCCAGCUUGAGUACCUGAAGAGUAAUCAUUUGCCAGCUCUGCUGGAAGAAAAACAAAGAGCUUCUGAAGUCCUUGAUAGAGGCUUGUUAGGGUUAGAUAAUACUCUCUAUCAAAUAGAGAAAGAAAUAGAAGAAAAAGAAGAGCAGCUUGCCCAAUAUAGAGCUAGCAGAAAUCAGCUGCAGCAGCUUCAAGAAACCUUUGAAUUCACAGCCAACGUAGCUCGUCAGGAAGAAAAGGUUCGGAAAAAGGAAAAAGAAAUCCUUGAAUCGAGGGAAAAACAGCAGAGAGAGGCGCUGGAGCAAGCUGUUGCUAAGUUAGAAAGGAGACACUCUGCUUUGCAGCGUCGUUCAACAAUAGACUUUGAAAUUGAAGAGCAGAAACAGAAGCUUGCCACCUUGAACAACAGCUGCAGUGAACAGGCGGGUCUGCAGGCCAGUCUAGAAGCUGAGCAGAAAGCCCUUGAACAAGACCGAGAACGAUCUCUUUAUAGCCUGGAUCAGGAAAUUCAGCAGCUGAAGCAAAAAAUAUAUGAAGGUGAUGGUGGUCAGAAAGUAAAUCAUGGAACAUUAGAAGAGAGACUCUCCCAUGCCACUUCCCCUACCAGCCCCACAAAGCCACAGCCGCCCGCUGCACCGCUAGUUGAUGACAGGAUAAGUGCCUUUAUUGAACAAGAAGUGCAGAGAAGGCUCCAGAAUAUUCAUAAUAAAGCUGAAGAUAAUGAUGUUAGCCUGUCCUGGUCUACAGAAAGUUUAAAGGAUAAUGAGAGGCUUAGUAAUGGCACUGUUCAACGCAAGCUCAAGUAUGAGCGGAUGGUCUGUCGUUCACUGAGAGCCAAUCCAGAUGACCUAAAGGACCCCAUUAAAAUUAGUAUUCCACGCUACGUUCUAUGUGGACAGGGAAAGGAUGAACACUAUGAGUUUGAAAUAAAGAUAACGGUCCUGGAUGAGACAUGGACAGUAUUCAGGCGGUACAGCCGCUUUCGAGAAAUGCAUAAAACUUUAAAACUGAAGUACCCAGAGCUUGCCACUUUGGAAUUCCCUCCAAAGAAGCUCUUUGGAAACAAGGAUGAACGAGUGAUCGCAGAACGACGGAGUCACUUAGAGAAAUACCUCAGGAGCUUUUUCUCUGCAAUGCUGCAAUCUCCAUCCUCUCCGCUGCACAUUGACAAAGUGGGACUAACUUUGUCAAAACACACCAUCUGCGAAUUCUCCCCCUUCUUCAGGAAAGGCGUUUUUGACUACAGCAGCCACGGGACCAGUUAACUUUUGGGCCAAGACCCUUCUGCCAGAGGAGCACGGUUGGAGUGGUGCCUUCACUUUUGCGGUGUGAGAGAAGUGGGGACAAGAAAAAAGGUAUCUUCCUCCAAACCUGGGAAGCUGCAUCAAAACAACUCCAGUUAAAGACAGCUGAGGCCCAAUGCUAGCCUGUGACCUUUACCAGCUCUCAAAUUAGUGCCUGCAUUUUUCUGGCAUGGGGCAUACAGCUGUUUUUGUUGCUCUGUUAGUACCGUGCGAAGACUCUGACUCUCGUGCUGAGUUUGGAUCCACUCCUUAGCGGGAGCGCUGCCUUCCCAUUUGCUCAGACAAUUUGUUCUGGUGGUGCGAGAGCAUCUCAUGUUUACUGUGAUGGUGUGUCAUGCUGACAGAGGGUUUCUGAGCAGCCUUUUGGUUUCUGUCCAAGCUGUUCCUUAAAGGACACUUCCUCUUUUGUUUCCUUGUAGCAUACUGUGUUGUUUAAGCUAAUGUUCAUACUCCAGUGUUGUUUCUUUUUUCCUUCUCAGACACACGUUUUAACUAUUUGAUUGUAUAAUUGUACAGUUUUCCUCAGAAGAAUUCAAGGGCCUGGUUAACUCGUAUGUUUACAAAAAUAUGUGCAGCAGAAAGAAUAUCAUUUAAACACCAUAAAAGUCUUCCACACUGGGUUGUUUUGAAGCAGAAGGAAUUGUUCGCCGUUGACAAAGCAGCAGAGGAAGCAAUAGCUAACGAAGAACGUGGUCAGCGUCUUUUCAGGCUUCCUAAUUACCCAGACUGUAAGUGGAUACUGUGCACUGUACACAGCUCUUAGCUAUGCAUAAAGCUAAUGCAAAGUGCUCUGUUUCUUGUUUUGAGGAAUUGCCUCUUCACAAUAGCGUAACGCUGUGAAACCUCAGUUGCAUUUGCAUUGGUUAAAAUUGACAGGAUUGGACUAAUAGUACCCUAAAAUGACUCAGGACUCAUUCAGACUUGCACAUGUAUAUACAGGCACAACUCAUUUUAUAUUGCUGCAGAUCCAAAAAUAUGUAUACACUGUGACUGGAAUUGAGUACAUGUACCUGUUAAUGUUUAAUGGGUUGUAUAAAAAUCAGAACUGAACAACGUCCAGUUAUUAAAAGGUAAGUUUUGUGUGCCAUUUGUUAGGAGGGUGAAGCAUUAUUUGUGAGUUGCCAUCGUUGACCAUUUGCUAAGUCUUGGUAAUCAAACUGUUUCACGUUGUAGAAAAUGACUAUUAAAACCUAA